AUGCUUACCUCAAAUCUUCUAUUGGUGUUAACAUUGUCUGUGUUCACUGCUUUUAGUACUGCAAUGAUUCGGAAUGAGACAUGCAACAACUCGGCAGACUGUUUGGAUGGACUUGUUUGCAAAAAAGAAAUAUGCGUUGAUAGGCCAGUCUUCAAAAGGCAUUCGAGAUCAUUUCUUGACCGUCCAAAGGCUCUUUGUGUCCUACCGUUGGUUUGCUUUCCAUGA